AUGGGUAAUGGGUCUUUGAAUAACAGUGGUGGUGGUGACGAUUUGAAGAAAGAUCAACCUCCUCCCUUUAACAAUGUCAAGUGGGGUGAUUUGAUAUUGAACCCAGAUCCUGAAAACAUCUUGGCUGUUGGAUUAACUGGUUUGCUUGCUUGGGCUAGUGUUCAAAGGUUCCAACUUAAUCCAGGCAUUAUCUCCAAAUCCAAAUUGCCGAAUGCUUAUCAUCUUGCCGUUUCUGUUCUCAAUUCUGUUAAAUGA